CGACUGCUUCUUCACUGUAUCACCAACCACUCCCACAGUCCCACCCUUACAUAUCCUGAUAUCCUGUAGCUAGGUGCCUCAUCUUCAUCUCGGCCACCUCCUGCCGCAGCACCCCUCCAUCCAUCACCCACACUUCCACCACCAUGGCCAUGGCCACCACCGUCCUCCUCCUGUGCGCCGCCGUCGCGCUGGCACCCACCCCGUCCUCCGCGGCGGACGACGCCGCCGGGUUCACGACGUUCAAGCUCUACUUCCACGACAUCGUGGGCGGGACGAGCCCGACGGCGAUCCGCAUCGCGCAGGCUCCGUCCUCCAACUCCUCCUCCACCUUCUUCGGCGCGGUUGUGGCCAUCGACGACCCGCUCACCUCCGGCCCGACACGCGCCGCCGGCACCGAGGUGGGCCGCGCCCAGGGCACCUACACGUUCGCGGACCAGAAGACGUUCGGCCUCCUCAUGGUGAUGAACUUCGUGUUCACGGCCGGGGAGUACAACGGGAGCAGCCUGUCGAUCCUGGGCCGGAACGAGGUGAUCAACGACGUCCGCGAGAUGAGCAUCGUCGGAGGCAGCGGCAAGUUCAGGAUGGCGAGAGGGUACGUCCAGGCACACACCAUCGACUCCGGCGCCACCUCCGGCGAGACCGUCGUCCAGUACACCGUCAACGUCAAGGCCUAGUAUAGCUGGUAGAGCUCUCCGGCCGGCCGCCGGCCGUGGCUCCGUGGCUGAUGGCCGUGUGUUUAUAUGGUUUGCAGUCUUUGUAUUGUGUAUCGAGCUGGUUUCUACACCGUGUCGUUCUUCAGUGUUACUAGCUUGAGAUGAGAGAAUUCAGAUGAAUUCUUGCCGGAACAAUUUUAACGGGAUUCGGAUUUGCAGAAAUACGAAAUGAUUCUUCGGAAUA